AUGCUCGGCUUCGUGUGCUUCAUGUGCCCGGGCAUGUUCAACGCCCUCAACGGCCUCGGCGGCGGAGGCCAAAUCGAUCCGACCACCAGCGCAAACUCCAACUCGACGCUCUACGCGACGUUCGCGGUCUUUUCGUUCUUUGGCGGAUCCAUUAAUAACAAGAUCGGUGCUCGCUGGACGCUGUUCAUCGGUACCAUGGGCUAUGCCCUCAACACCGGCUCUUACCUGGCCUACAACAUCCACCCUGACGCAGGCGGCUUCGUCAUCGCUGCUGGUGCGAUUUGCGGUAUCUGCGCCGGUCUGCUGUGGACCGCGCAGGGCUCGCUCAUGUUGGCAUACCCCACGGAGAUGCAGAAGGGUCAGUUCAUUGGUAUCUUCUGGGCCAUCUUCAACAUGGGCGCCGUCAUUGGCGACGCGGUGUCGUUCGGGCAGAACUACCACUCCUCGGCCGGCAGCGUGAACAACGGCACGUACAUCGCCUUCCUGGUCCUGAACGUCAUUGGCGUGACCAUCCCGCUGUUCAUGGCGAACCCGAACAAGAUGAUCCGCUCGGACGGGACGCGCGUGACGAAGGUCCGCCACCCGUCGUGGAAGACGGAGAUCAUCGGCCUGUGGGUCGCGCUGCGCACGGACCCGUUCAUCAUCCUGCUCUUCCCCAUGUUCUUCGCGAGCAACUGGUUCUACACCUGGCAGUUCAACGACUACAACGGCGCGCUGUUCAACAUCCGCACGCGCUCGCUCAACUCGUUCGUGUACUACCUCGCGCAGAUCUUUGGGUCCGUCGCGAUCGGGCUCCUGCUCGACCGCCAGCGCCUCACGCGCCGCUUCCGCGCGUACGCGGGCUGGGCCAUCCUCCUCGUCUUCGUCUUCGUCGUGCACAUCUGGGCGUACUUCUACCAAAAGGACUACACGCGCGCGGACCUCGCGAACGGGCUGCCGCUGAUCGACUUUUCGGACUCGAAGUACCCGAGCCGGAUCUGGCUGUACAUCUUCUGCGGCCUGCUCGACGCGAUGUGGCAGACGACUGUGUACUGGCUCAUGGGCGCCAUGUCGAACGACCCCGCCAAGCUCGCGUACUUCACCGGCUUCUACAAGGCGCUGCAGAGCGCGGGUGCGGCUGGUAUCUGGCGCGGCGACGGCGUGAAGCUCCCGUACAUGAACAUCUUCAUCUCCACCUGGGUGCUCCUCGUCGCCGGCCUCUUCUUCGCGCUGCCCAUGAUCCAGAUGCGCGUCAAGGAGCACACCGAUAUCGCCGACGAAACGAUGUGA